AUGGGCCCGUUGAUAGGUUUUCGCGCUGGCCGCGGUUUCCCGCCGCCCCGUGGCCUAAUUACCGCCGCCUCGCGAUACGUCACCGCGGCGAUUCGAAAAAAUGCGGGCGUCCCUCUCGCACGCGGCCGUCAGCCGCUGCUGCGUCCCUCUCGGACUGGCAUUUUUAUAAAAACGCAGGGACCGACCGCGGCCGUCCCGCUCGUUCCCGCCGCGGCGUCACGCUGCCCGCACCCUUCGUCUCCUUCCCGCUUUUUACGAGACGCCGGGCCCGCCGCCGGGUGGGGGGCGGCGACCGCGCGAACGCAAAAUAUUGACCAUCGGAAAAAGUCGCCGCGUAUCGCCUCCAUCAGUCGAAAUCGGGUAAGCCGCGUGCACGCGUCCCAGCGCCGCAACUUCGGCUGCGCGUCGUGCGUCUUCGGCCCGCGGUCCCAUUUUUCCCGAGUCCCCCGCCCGGCGUCUUGCCCGCGCCCAACAAGUGGCGUC